GCUUAUUCAAACUGCGUUCACUGCGCAGGCGAUUCUCUGCGUUAUAAGUGUUCAACGUGCGUGGCCGGAGUCAGCAUUCGUGCCGAGAUAUCAGACGUGUUCGAGAGUUACGCCGGGAAGCAACUGCUGAUCAACGUAGCGGCUGGUGCGAGAUCAUAUUAUAUUUUUGACGUACGCGUGAUAAACUUGUGCAAAACCAUGGCGACAGAGGUGGCGCAAUUUCCCCAUCUGAAGGUCUUUAAUCGCGUAAUGGAAUUACCCAUCAUUGAAUUGGCACUCGUUAAAUCUGCAGAGACGUAUUCAAGGGUAAAAGAUUCACACAUGAUAAUGCACUGGGCAUUGAGUACUGCGGAAUCAUCCCUAACCACUGCAACAAGACAAGCAAUGCCUAUCGCUGUCCCCAUCGUGAAAAGAUUAGAAACUCCCAUAAAUUUUGUCGAUCACACAUUAUGCCUUGGUCUUGAUAAAAUCGAAGAAAAAAUGCCACUGGUAAAGGAACAACCCGGACAGAUUUUAGAAAAAGCGGUAUCAAGAAUUUCACAUGUAAACGAUAUGAUUCUCGCACAAGCGACGAAUUUGCGAGACAUCAGCUGGAACACAGCCAAUCAAAUACUUGAUACACAUUAUGGUAGUGUGGCUGUGAGAGGUAUUGAUAACACGGCCGUUGUCGUUGAUAAGCUCAUUGACAGAUAUUUCCCCGCAACAGAAGGAGAAGAAAGACCGAAAGAUACAGAGGUAAACACAAUUGAAGAAGACAAGCUGCUACAUACUUUACAAACCGUCGGUCACCUGUCCAAUAAAGCUGCUCGACGGGUCUAUCUAAACAUAAUAAACCAUCUGAGCACCAUUAAGAAGGACGGUUUAUUGAAAGCUUAUGUCAGCAGUUUAGUCGAGUUCCUUCGACUCACAAAAUAUCUUCACACCGUCAAUGAAAAGCCACAAAUUAAUGGUGAAAAGAAGCAAGAACCACAAGACGAAAAGGAAAAAAGCGAGUAAAAAUACUACUUUCAAUUUCGAAAUUUUUCUACGUAUGGUUAUUUAAACUGUCAAAAUGAAUAUCAUUUGUAUUUAUCAUUUGAAAAUAAUCGUUUAUAUUUAUUUUUAAUAAUUAUGUACAUGUAAUUGUUAUUUGCGAUAACUUUGUGAAUAUCGUUAAGAAUCAAAUUAUCGGCCAUACGUCCUAAUUGUUAAAAAUCGAAUUACCGGACACACGUGUUAAUUUCUUGUAGCUAAAAGAGCAAUCGACAUGUAAAAAAUAUUCUACGUCAACGUGCUAAUAGAUAAACGUUCCUUUAUCUUAUACCGCUAAAUAUAAAAUAUAUUAAAAAUGUAAUCUUAAGAACGAGAUAUAGAAUUAUGUAUAGAUACGUUUUUAUAUUUAUAUAUUUUGUAUAAUCUAUAAGUGUGUGCGAAAAUAGAAUAAGUAAUGAAAGAUACAAUGAACUUUUUACUGCAAAUAUUGGCUAAAGAAUCCAGGAAUUGUAAUUUUAGACUUGAAAUUGAAAUGUAGUGUUUGUGCCUAUUAUCAUUCUUACUUCUUACUUCAAUAAUGAUAGUAAUGGAAACAUAAUAUGAACACCAACACAUUUCUAUUUUAAGUCUAAAACUACAAAUUCUGGAUAUUAGGUUAAAAUUUAACUUUAAAUAAUAGUUUCUAAAUAUAAACAUUAUUGUUCUAAUUUUAUAUACAUUUAAUAACAUAUAUAUUUUAUAAAAUAUAUAUUUUUCAUAAUAAUUAUGCACAAAUUUCAAUGGAAUAUUCGGAAAACGUGAGUUUUCAAAUUCGGAUCUCAGUACAUUAUGUAUAAUUUAAUAUAUUAUACAUUGUAUAUUUACAUAUAUAUAAUAUAUGUUGUAUGUAUAUUAUAUAUAUGAAUAAAAGUACUCUAUAUAAAAAUUCAGCUAUACUAAGAUCUUUUAAACUACGUAAUCUUUUUUCUAUUUUUGCAAAACAUUAUAUAUUACUAUUUACACAGUAAUAUCAAUUAGCAAGAAUAUUUUAUCCACUUUAAAAUCAAAUAUUUGAUAUACAUUUUGUAUAUACUAAAUAAAUAUGUAACAAAUAUAUAAUAAAUACAAUUGCAAUAAAAACAAA